GAGCCCUCUCCUCCUCUCCGGGGCAGGCUGCCCUGGGUCUGGGGGAGUCUUCCAGAGGUGCCGUCUGUGGGAGUGGCCAGACCGGAGGUGCGGAGGAGGGCUCGCCCCGCCCCCGCGGUGCCCACUUCCGCGUCCAGUCCCAGCAGAGUUAGCUCUCCACUCACCGUUCGGGAGGUAUCAGUUUGUAUCUUACAACUUCACUUUUGGAGAAAGAUCAAGUCGUCAGGCCAGUGGGGAGAGAGGACGUGAGGAGCUAACCUGUCUGUUCUGGGAAGCAGUGGUUUCUUUCUGGCUGACCUGGUGAGAAGAGUGACAACGGAACAUGCAUCUAGAGAACAAAGAUGGUGGGCUGACCUCUGGUGUGCUGGAGAUGGAGCUACAUCAGUCAUCUGCUCCUAUGUGUGCUGGCCUGGGAAGGCCAGGGCUGGCGGUACCUGCCACCAGCAACCGCAGGCUACUGCAGGGAGUCAACAGGGUAGACCCCACAUCCCCCUACUCCAGCAGGGCAACUGGGCAGAGCUGCUUGGCUUCUGUGGACCAGGAUUUUGGUUCAUUCCUCACAGAGCAGAGGUCUCACUCUUCUUUACCUCAGUGCUCCAACUCCAGGUCAAAAGACCCCUGCUUUACAGAAAAUACCCCUUUGCUGGGAAAUUCCUCACAGGAGAAAGGGUCAUGGGGCAUGCCUAUUUGCCAUCCAGAGUUUAUCACUGCUGAAGAAUCUUGGGGGAACAGCUCAGCGGAGUGGGAUGGAGGAUCUCUGCUGAGCAAAGACUUGGCUGGUUCCUCUGGAUCUGCCUCCCAAGAGAAAGGGGAGCUUCUGGACAGUGCUCACAUCAGGUCCCGUCUUUUGAAACUGAGGUGCUGUAUACGGUGGCUGAAAGUUGCAAGCCUGUUUGUCUUUGUGGUGGUGUGCUCUAUUUUAUUCAGCCUGUAUCCAGAUCAAGGAAAGUUCUGGCAGUUGUUGGCUGUGUCACCCCUGCAAAGCUACUCUUCAAACCUCACCAGCCAUGUGGACUCCACACUGCUCCAGGUGGACCUGGAAGGGGCCCUGGUGGCCAGUGGCCCAAGUCAUACUGGAAGAGAAGAACAUGUUGUGGUGGAGGUGACCCAGGCCGAUGUUCCAGGCUCCAGGCGGCGGCGGCCACAGCAGGUCACUCAGAAUUGGACUGUAUUUUUAAAUCCGAGAAGAAGUGAGCGCUUGGUGGUGAGCAGGACCUUUGAGAUACUGAGCAGAGAUACUGUUUCUAUCAGCAUUCGAGCCUCUGUCCAGCAGACCCAGGCUGUUCCUCUUCUGAUGGCUCAUCAGUAUCUCCGUGCAAGCAUAGAAGCACAAGUGAUCAUUGCUGUGGUCAUCCUUGCUGGGGUCUACAUGCUGAUUAUAUUUGAGAUUGUUCACAGAACACUGGCAGCCAUGUUGGGUUCCCUUGCAGCAUUAGCAGCGCUGGCUGUGAUUGGAGACAGACCCAGCCUGACCCAUGUGGUGGAGUGGAUUGAUUUUGAGACCUUGGCCCUGCUAUUUGGCAUGAUGAUCUUAGUAGCCAUAUUUUCAGAAACUGGAUUUUUUGAUUAUUGUGCUGUAAAGACAUACCAGCUCUCUAGGGGAAGAGUGUGGGCCAUGAUCAUCAUGUUGUGUCUCAUUGCCGCUGUCCUGUCUGCCUUCCUAGACAAUGUCACCACAUUGCUGCUUUUUACUCCUGUGACGAUAAGAUUGUGUGAGGUGCUCAACCUUGAUCCAAGACAAGUCCUGAUUGCAGAAGUGAUCUUCACAAAUAUUGGAGGAGCUGCCACUGCCAUUGGGGACCCACCAAACGUCAUUAUUGUUUCCAACCAGGAGUUGAGGAAGAUGGGCCUGGACUUCGCAGGAUUUACUGCACACAUGUUCGUUGGGAUUUGCCUCAUUCUACUGUUCUCCUUUCCACUCCUCAGACUCCUUUUCUGGAACAAAAAGCUUUAUAACAGGGAGCCCAGUGAGAUUGUUGAACUGAAGCACGAGAUCCACGUCUGGCGCCUGACUGCGCAGCGCAUCAGCCCGGCCAGCCGAGAGGAAACAGCAGUUCGGGGCCUGCUCCUGGGGAAGGUGCAGGCACUGGAGCACCUGCUGGCCCGAAGGCUGCAUACCUUUCACAGACAAAUCUCACAGGAAGAUAAAAAUUGGGAGACCAAUAUCCAGGAACUCCAGAAAAAGCACAGGAUAUCAGACAGGAUUCUGCUCACCAAAUGCCUGAUGGUGUUGGGAUUUGUUAUCUUCAUGUUCUUUCUCAAUUCAUUUGUUCCUGGUGUUCAUCUUGAUCUUGGGUGGAUUGCUAUUAUGGGUGCCAUCUGGUUGCUAAUUUUAGCUGAUAUCCAUGAUUUUGAGAUAAUUCUACACCGAGUGGAAUGGGCAACUCUUCUGUUCUUUGCAGCACUUUUUGUUCUAAUGGAGGCACUGGCACAUCUCCACUUAAUAGAAUAUGUUGGAGAACAGACUGCUUUGCUAAUAAAGAUGGUCCCAGAGGAUCGGCGCCUCACAACUGCCAUCAUCCUGGUGGUCUGGGUCUCAGCCAUUGCAUCAUCCUUGAUUGACAACAUCCCAUUUACCGCUACAAUGAUUCCUGUACUCCUGAACCUCAGCCAAGACCCCGAGGUCAGCCUGCCUGCACCACCACUCAUGUAUGCCCUGGCCCUUGGCGCCUGCCUGGGAGGUAAUGGGACACUGAUUGGAGCAUCGUCAAAUGUAGUUUGUGCAGGAAUUGCUGAGCAGCAUGGAUAUGGAUUCUCUUUCAUGGAAUUUUUCAGCCUUGGAAAAACUGAUUGAUGGCUUUUUGUUUAUCUUGAAUUCGGCUGAUAUUUUUGAUUCUCUCAUGUUAUUUAUUUAUUUAUAUAAAAUAUGGAACACUUCAUGAAUCUGCAUGUCAUCAUUGCACAGUGGCCAUGCUAAUCUUCUCUAUAGCAUUACAAUUUUAGUAUAUGUACUGCUGAAGCAAGUAUGAUUCUCUCAUGUUUUUUAAAAAUUAAAUUUUCUUGUAUUUUCUUAGGAACAUAAUUAUAUCACCUGUAAAUAGAAUUUUCCUUUCUUCCUCAGAAUUUAUACCUUUUUAAAAAGAACAUUCUGUUCAUAUUUUAUGUAUCAGAAUCUCCAAAACAGUGUGCCAAAUAGUAGUUACUGCAAAUAUUCUUAUUUUCCUGCUUUUAAUGGUAAUUGUGCAUGUUACUGUUAAAUAUACUGCUGGUUUUUGCUAGUUUGUAAGUAGUUUUUAGUUAUAUUGUACUUUUUUGUCAAUUAUCACUGCAUUUCAUUAUAUACUUUUUGUGCAUCUGUUGAUAUAAUUAUAUGAUUUUUCCCCCAUUAAUUCAUUAUGUAAUGAAUCGUAUUUCAGAUUUUCUAAUAUCGAGUAAUUCUUAUAUUUUUAGAAUAAGUCUUAUUUGGUAUAUUCCCUUUCCUUUUGAAUGAUUUUUAUCAGAAUUUUUAGAUCUAUGUUCAUAGGUAAAUAUGGUCACAACUUUUCUUUUUUACUAUAUUAGGUUUUUACAGUUAUUCUAGUUUCAUCAAAUGAAGCAAGGAGAUUUUUACAAAUGAAAUGGUAAAUCCAUUUGGAUCUGAUGUCUUACAUUUGGCUAGGAAAUAACUUUAAAUUCUUUACUGUCUUUAAAUUUAUGGUCAUAUCUUCCUUAUCUGUGGAGAUACACACCUCAUAUAAUUUUAAAAUAGUCUGACAUUAUACAUAUAUAUGUAUAUGUAUGUAUGUAUGUAUGUAUAUAUGUAUGUAUAUGUAUUCUUUCUUUAAUGAAACUUCUUAGAAGUUUGUAUUUUUUUUUUAAGUUUAUUUUGAGAGAGAGAGUGAAUGAACACGAGUAGAAUAGGGGCAGAGAGAGAUGGAGAGAGAAUUCCAAGCAGGCUCUGUGCUGUCAGUGCAGAGCCUGACAGGGGGCUCAAACCCAUGAACCAUGAGACAAUGACCUGACCUGAUCAAACCCAUGAACCUGAGAUCAUGACCUGAGUCCUACCAAGAGUAGGACACUUAACUGAGCCACCCAGGCAUCCCAGAAGUUUAUAUUUGUAUUUGAGGUUUCAGAAAAUAGAUUUUUGCCUUUUACCCUUUACAUAAUUUGUUUUUGUACUACAUUAUUUUCAUUUUUUAAUCUUAAUCCACCCCUCUUUUGUAAACAAUAUUUAUUGUGCUCUUUUAUUAUCUUAUAGUGUUCAGUAUUUUAUUUUCAGCCCGUUAAAGGUAAAAAGUAAUACAAAUAUUUUUAUAUUUCACCUUUUGUACCUUUUCAGUGUACCAUGAAGUGUAUUAAAUGUUUUUCAUUUUAUCACUUUCUAUACUAUUUACCAUUCAUUUUUAUUUUUUUUAAUUUAGGGGUUAUUUAGAAUAUUUCUUAAUUUUAUGUAAGUUAUUUUAAUCAAUUUUAUUGCUGUUUCCUUUUUUUAUAUUGCAUAGGUAAUAUUCAAAUGGUUAAAUAAAUUAGAAAAAGUAGUACAUUGAGAAGUCUUGUUCUUAGCCUAUCACCAUUUAUUUCACUUUCUCUCCACCUCCUCAUGUCUACUUUUAUUACUUUCUUGUCCUUUUUCCAGUCUACUUUUCUGCAGACAGAGGAAACUCUUAAAUGUAUAUCCUUAUUUCACCCCACUUUCUUAUAUGUAAGUUAGCAUAUUAUAUGUGCUGCUCUGCAUCUUGCUUUUUUCCUCCAUACUGUAUAUCCUAAGACCUCUCCAUAGAGAAUUUCCUCAUUCUUUUUUGUAUGUUCAUUUUUAAGAGCUAUAUGUUAAUGCAUUGUCUGGAUAGAAUAUAGUUUAUUUAAAUAAUUUUUAUUGAUGUGUGCUUAAGUCAUUUCCAAACUUGUGCUCUUUAGAAGGUAAAAAGGAGAAAGCCUUGUAAUGAGUAACUCUGUACAUAUAUCAACUCCUAGAUGUGGAAUUUCAGGAUUAAAGGGUAAUACAUUUAUAAUUUAAUAAAUAUUGUUAAAUUGUUCUGCAUAACAGUUUAUAGUUGCUUUCUAACUAGCAAUUUAUGAGAAUGCUUUUCUAUUAAAAUUAGUGAAGUAGAAUACCUUUUUACGAGUUAAGGUACAGCUUCAUUUCUUUUGAACUCUUCAUAUUUUUCUACAUUUUUUGUGGCAGUAUUAGACUUCUUAAAUUGAGUUCAUUCAUUCAUUCAUUCAUUCAUGAGUUUUAAAGGCUCUUUAUAAAUUACAAAGAUGAAUCUUUUGUGAUUUGAGUUAAAAAUACUUUUCCUAGUUUUCUUUUGCCUUUUGCCUGCCAUCACCACCUCCUCUUUUUAAAUUUGUCAUGCAAAGUCAUUUACGUUUCUUUAUUCUGUUAAAUUCAUGAGUCUUUUUGUGUUUUAUUAUAUAUAUAUAUAUUUUUUUUUUUUGAGAGAGAGAGAGAACAUGAGCAAA